AUGUUGUCCACCGCCAGAUCAAGAGCCGUAUGGCAAAUUUCUCGCAGAGUUCAAAUCUCGGUCAGACGGACCUACGCAUUUUCUGCCAACGACCAACAAGAAAUUAAUGACCCAAAUGGUCCAAAGAAGGUUCCCAAUGUCUCGAAAACCAACGAGCUUCCGAUAGAGACACACGUUAAGGAUGCGCCAUUGCAGGAAAGUGUAGAGACUGCGGAAAAACUUAGAGUUAUGCAGGCACCAAAUAGAGUGGGAAAAUGGUCGCGCAGUCAGAAUCCUAGGGAGAAAGCAAUGUCUGGACCUAGGUUUGAGCAAACCAUUAUGGAAACACAGCCGGCACCACAAGCAGCCAUCAGCUUGAUUCACCAGCAACCAGUGCGAUGGACACACGAUCGUAUAGUUGCAUGUGAUGGAGGCGGAGGACCAUUAGGACAUCCAAGAAUCUUCAUCAAUACCGAUAAGCCUGAAAUCUGCAACUGCACUUACUGCGGAUUACCAUUUGCCAAUGAACAUCAUCGAGCACACCUUGAAUCUCUCCCAGUAACCCCAUACCCUCUUGAAGCACAAGGUCGUCCCGCCGAAGUCAACGAAUCACAACGUAUUACAGAUGAAGCCCUUGGUCAUCGAUAA